UUGUGUUUGAGAGAGUAUCCGACGAUCGAAAAUGCGAAGGUGACCUUCGAGGGAUGGAACGGAAAGUACCCUGCCCCAGCACGGGGGAUUGUCAAUUUCCGCUGCGAACAUCCAAAAGGAUUCUCGGAUGGAGCUCUUCUUCACACGGCUGAAUGCGCCCCUUUGAAUCCGGAUUCUUGGUGCAUCUCUUUCCGGGAGGAUGCAGUUCUAUUUGUACUCACCUUGCCGCUUCGAGGGAAAUUAGAACACAGUGAGAAAGUGCAUAUAUAUCCAGAAUGUCUUCUGACGAAAAGAGGCAAGGAAUAUGUUGGAAAAGUGAGUGUGACGAAAUCAGGACGGAAAUGUCUCAAAUGGAGAGACUAUCCCGGUGGAACGUCGGAUGACUACCCAGGCGGUCCACAUCUAAACUUCACGACCUCUGACCCCUCUGGAACACCAAUCAUCAACCUCGGUGACGAGAGCUACUUCCUUAAUCGGGACACCUGGUCUCACCACAACUACUGCCGAAAUCCAUACUUUGGGAAGAGACCUUGGUGCAACGUUUCCGGCCCUAACAUCACAUGGGAAUACUGUAACAUCCCAAUGUGCACUGACGCAGUCCCACCGGAGUGCAAGUUGACUCAACAAGGCGGGGAAUACAUGGGAAGAAAGAAUGUGACGAUCCGAGGAGAUCCAUGCCUGCCUUGGAGAGAAAUCAAAUACGCUCAAUAUUCCCAAUCGGCAUACCCGGAUCCAUAUGACGUCGACGUGCAUCACAAUUUCUGCAGAAAUCCGCAGACGAUGAAGGGCAACACACAAUACUACAUGAGUGUGAACAUUGCUCCUUGGUGCUACUACGAUGAUGGAGGCAGUAUAAAUCCACCAGAAUGCAAAAUGACCUGGCAUGGAGCGGAGUACGUGGGGAAGCUGAACGUGACGAUAUGGGGGGUUCCCUGUCUACCUUGGCUCACGCUCAUAGAUGAGGAUUGGGAACUCAUAUUACACGAUGAAUUGGAUGGAGGGCACGCGUUUUGUCGUAACGAUGACUUCUACGGAGGUGGUCCGGGAUGUUAUAUCUACCCCGAAGGCACUGUGCGUUCAUGGCGACAUUGCGACGUUCCAUUCUGUCCCACCGUCAAGGGGAAAAUUGCGACGUUCGAGUUGGAGGAAAUUGUGUCAGUGACCCCACUAGAAUGUAUAACAGACGCGAAAGGGGAGUCAUACAUAGGCACGAAAAAUGUGACCAGAAAAGGAUACAAGUGCUUGCCGUGGAUUGCUGGUCGGAUGAACAAAGAGGUGGAUGCGUACUCGGACUAUGAGGAAAAUGCAGCUGAAACUCUCAAAAGAAUCUUCAUGAGGUUAUCGGACGACUUGUACCCAACCCACAACUUCUGUCGGAACUGGAACAAUGACGAUGAAGGUCCUUGGUGUUAUAAGAGUGAUGAGAUUGCGAGAAGGGCAAACGUA